CUGGAAGCAGCGAUGCGUCAAAGGGGCCCUCCCGUGCCUCCUCCUGCUUCUCGACUCCCCGCCUUCUUCCCCCCAUCCCAGAGUAAUCCUCGUCCCAAACCGAACCCAAAAAGCUUCCCUUCCCUUGGCCCUUCCGCUUCCUGUGCUCCUCCAUUUCGUGCCCCCAUCCCGUCACCUCCUCCCGCUUUCCUCGAUCAAGGCACUCAAGCGAACGCUAUCCUCGUGGCCUCGUCUCGCACCCGGACGACAGUACGAGAGCAGUAGAUACAGAAACCGGCCGCUUACCACACCCCCCCCCCCCCCCCCCCCCGGCCCCUCCUUUACAUACUGGCCGCAUCCUCAUCCCGGAUCUUCAUUGCUACACCGCACGCCGUGAUCUUUCUUUCUCUCCUCCCCUCCUCUUCAACCCACUCAACCAAGUCGCCAAGCAUUUUCUCUUGGUUGACAGCUCCUUCGGUCUUGCCAGUCCUUCGUCUUAGGAUCUGGUUAACCACGACUCCCUACUCUCAAGAUUCCGUGGUCAAUAUCACGGAUGCUCUCGAGCUCCCCACUCCGACUCGCCAUCGUCCACUAGCUAGCUUUGUACACUGUCCUCCAGACGAGUCCUCAGUCCCGAUUCUUAUACAAAACACCUCCGUUCAACGCCCUUGAACUCUGCGCCGACUCGUACCGACCCCUCAGCAGCUAGCCCCGCGAAACGAAAAUCCCAUAUACGAAACGAACUUGUUUGCACAAAGGCGUCCUACACCAGAAGAAUGUCGGGCAUGUUCAAGAGUCCUUUCGGGGCUAACGCCAACCCUUUCGGAGGGCCCAGCGAUGGGGCCCCGGCGGGAGGCAACGCCAUCCAUCGAGUCGUCGAGGAAGAGGAGAACGAUACCGUCACGUCUCCUACGUCACCAAAUUUCGGCAUGAACGCAGGUUCAAUGUUCAGCGGCCCAUUUGGAGGCGAUGCGGCCAAUGACGCUCCGCCGUCUGCGCUCAGAAGCCCGCCCAAUCCAGAGAGCUAUCCCGCCCAAUACAACUUUGGCCGCCGAACCUCGGUCUCGGCCGAGUCGUUGAAGCCCAGCGCAGAUACUUAUGAUAAUUGGUCACCGCCUUACCACCAGAAGAGCAAGGAGCAGCUGGGCCGUCUGCAAACUGCCAUUGAAGGCAACUUUCUGUUCAGUCAUCUGGAUGAUGAACAGAGCGCUCAGAUUCUGGGUGCUCUAAACGAAAAGCCCAUUCCUGCUAAGGAUAUCAAGGUUAUUAGCCAGGGCGACGCUGGCGACUUUUUCUACGUAGUGGAGAAGGGAUCUUUCGAUGUUUAUGUCAACAGCAGCGGCAACUUGCAGCCUGGUCCCGAGGGCAUGGGCCAAAAAGUCGGGACUAUCCAAGCCGGCGGCUCGUUCGGUGAAUUGGCCCUGAUGUACAACGCUCCUCGCGCUGCAACCGUCAUCUCGGCCGAGUCCGGAUGUACCCUCUGGGCGCUUGACCGUCUUACUUUCCGCCGCAUUCUCAUGGAGUCGACGUUUGCUCGGCGACGGAUGUACGAGAGUUUCCUCGAAGAGGUACCCUUGUUGCAGAGCCUCACGCCGUAUGAGCGAUCCAAGAUUGCCGAUGCGCUGGAGACUCAGAAGUACGCACCUGGGGAGAUCAUUAUCAGGGAAGGAGACCCCGGACACUCGUUCUUCCUUCUGGAGAGCGGUGAGGCCGAUGCGUACAAGGGUGAUAGCAAAGAAUCCGUCAAGCACUACAGCAAGGGAGACUUCUUCGGCGAGCUCGCGCUUCUGAAUGACGCUCCUCGUGCCGCUAGCAUUGCUGCGACGACGGAUGUCAAGGUUGCUAGCCUGGGCAAGAACGCCUUCCAGAGGCUUCUUGGUCCCGUCGAAGGCAUCAUGAGACGGACGAAGUACGAAGGCGUCAAAACUGGUGUCGAGGAGAUGGAUCCGCUCCAAGCGGCCUAAAAGGGAUAGAGGUGUGGUAGGUUUUUUCGUUUUAUCCAAGAUUGGAUGGCAGGCUUUGGGAAGGUUGAGAGUGGACCGUGAAGAUUCACAACGGCGUUAGCGGAAACCCCUUACCCUCGCUUCCUAAGAGACACGGCUAGUGACGUCCAGAUACCUGUUAGUAAAGAAUAGUUCAUCCACAACUUUGCUCUGAC